AUCAAAGUAGAAACUCUUCCGUCUAGUUUUGGCGGCUCUCUCUCUCUCUCUCUCUCUCUCUCUCUCUCUCUCCUCUCACAUCACAUCAUCCUCUUCGCCGUCGAAAUUUUGGUUGCGACGAUGCUCAGGCUACGGAUGUCUCCGUGUCUAUUUCUCACCGUCUUGUUCUUGUGUAAUUUCGGUUCGGUUCUAGUUGUUCGAGCCCAAAACCGAACCGGAGCUACCACUCAUCCCGACGAAGCGCGAGCUUUGAACUCCAUCUUCGCGGCUUGGAGGAUCCGGGCUCCGAGGGAAUGGAACAUCAGCGGCGAACUUUGCUCCGGCGCCGCCAUUGACGAUACUGUCCUCGACAACAACCCUGCCUACAACCCUCUCAUCAAAUGCGACUGCAGUUUCGAAAACUCCAGAAUCUGCCGCAUCACCAACAUCAAGGUUUUUGCGAGGGAAGUUGUAGGGCCUAUACCUGAAGAGCUCUGGACUUUGAAAUACCUCACAAAUCUGAACUUGGGUCAAAAUGUUCUCACAGGCUCUCUGCCUCCAGCUAUUGGAAAUUUGACUCGAAUGCAAUGGAUGACUUUUGGGAUUAAUGCGUUGUCUGGCCCUGUUCCUAAGGAAAUUGGUUUGCUUACAGAUUUGAGAUUACUUAGUAUUAGUUCAAAUAACUUCUCCGGUUCUAUACCAGAUGAGAUCGGAAAUUGUGCAAAACUUCAGCAAAUAUUCAUAGAUAGUUCUGGACUCAGCGGGAGGAUACCUCUAUCAUUUGCUAAUCUCGUGGACCUGGAACAAGCUUGGCUUGCGGAUCUAGAAGUUACAGGUCAGAUACCAGACUUUAUAGGAAAAUGGACCAAACUUACUACCUUGAGAAUUCUCGGAACUGGUUUAAGUGGUCCAAUACCAUCGUCAUUUUCCAACUUAACUUAUUUGACAGAACUGAGGCUUGGUGAUAUAUCCAAUGGAAGCUCAUCUCUUGAAUUCAUCAAAGACAUGAAAUCUCUUAGUAUAUUAGUAUUGAGGAACAACAAUCUAACUGGGACAAUACCAUCUACUAUUGGAGGAUACUCAAGUUUGCAACAAGUUGAUUUGAGCUUCAACAAACUACAUGGACCAAUUCCGGCUUCACUUUUUAACUUAAGUGGACUUACUCACUUGUUUCUGGGGAACAACACGUUGAAUGGUUCCUUGCCCACUCAAAAGAGCCAGUCUUUGAGCUAUAUAGAUGUGUCGUAUAAUGAUUUGUCUGGAAUUCUUCCUUCAUGGGUCAGCUUACCAAACUUAAAACUCAACCUAAUUGCUAACAACUUCACAUUGGAAGAUGACAACAGGGUUUUAUCAGGACUUAAUUGCCUUCAGAAGAAUUUCCCCUGCAAUCGAGGCAAAGGAGUCUAUUCUGACUUUUCGAUCAACUGCGGAGGCCCAGAGAUAAGGUCAACUAACGGAGCACUAUUUGAGAGGGAGGACGAGGAACUUGGACCAGCUUCGUUUGCCAUAAGUGCUGGUCAGAGAUGGGCAGCCAGUAGUGUAGGACUUUUUGCUGGAAGUAGCAGCAAUAUAUACAAAGCUACUUCGCAAUCACAAUUUGUCAACACUUUGGACUCGGAGCUUUUUCAGUCAGCAAGACUUUCUGCAUCUUCCCUAAGGUAUUAUGGGUUGGGGCUAGAAAAUGGAGGCUAUACUGUAACACUUCAGUUUGCUGAAAUACAAAUUCUAGGUUCUACUUCUAACACUUGGAAAGGUUUAGGAAGACGACGUUUUGACAUUUAUGUCCAGGGAAGACUUGUUGAAAAGGAUUUUGAUGUACGUAAAACAGCUGGUGACUCUACUGUUCGAGCAAUUCAGAAAGUAUAUAAGGCAAAUGUAUCAGAAAAUCACCUCGAAAUUCAUCUUUUCUGGGCUGGGAAAGGAACAUGUUGUAUUCCUAUCCAAGGGGCUUAUGGACCAUUAAUAUCAGCCGUCAGUGCAACACCAGAUUUCACACCAACUGUUGGUAAUAGGCCACCAUCACGGGGACAGAACACGACUGGUAUUAUUGUGGGUGUCAUUGUUGGCGUUGGACUUUUGAGCAUCUUUGCAGGUGUAGCUAUCUUCAUUAUUCGAAAAAGAAGAAAACGGUACACAGAUGAUGAAGAGAUACUUAGUAUGGACGUAAAGCCUUUUGCCUUUACUUACUCGGAACUUAAAAGUGCAACGCAAGAUUUCGAUUCUUCAAACAAGCUUGGAGAGGGGGGAUUUGGGCCUGUUUAUAAGGGGAAACUGAAUGAUGGAAGAGAAGUAGCAGUGAAGCUAUUGUCGGUGGGAUCCCGGCAAGGGAAGGGGCAAUUUGUUGCAGAAAUUGUAGCAAUCUCUGCAGUUCAACAUCGCAACUUAGUAAAGCUUUAUGGGUGCUGCUAUGAAGGAGAUCAUCGUUUGCUUGUAUAUGAAUACCUUCCUAACGGAAGUCUUGAUCAGGCUCUAUUCGGGGAUAAAACUUUACAUCUUGAUUGGUCAACCCGUUAUGAGAUAUGUCUGGGAGUAGCUAGAGGUCUAGUCUAUCUCCACGAGGAGGCGAGGAUUCGCAUAGUACACAGAGAUGUGAAAGCCAGCAACAUUUUACUUGAUUCUAAACUGGUCCCAAAAGUUUCUGAUUUUGGGCUUGCGAAACUAUACGAUGACAAAAAGACCCAUAUAAGUACCCGAGUAGCUGGGACGAUUGGAUAUCUUGCACCAGAGUAUGCUAUGCGUGGACAUCUAACAGAAAAAAUAGAUGUGUAUGCCUUUGGUGUUGUGGCACUUGAGCUAGUGAGUGGAAGGCCAAACUCUGAUGAGAACUUGGAGGAUGAAAAAAGAUACCUUCUUGAAUGGGCGUGGAAUCUACACGAGAAAAGUCGUGAAGUUGAACUUAUUGAUCAUGAGCUGACUGAAUUCAAUAUGGAAGAAGUGAAACGCAUGAUUGGCAUAGCUCUGCUGUGCACACAGACAUCUCAUGCCUUGAGACCACCAAUGUCACGAGUGGUGGCCAUGCUAUCAGGAGAUGUUGAGGUCAGUGAUGUCACGUCAAAGCCAGGCUACCUAACCGACUGGGGAUUUGAUGACACCACAAGCUCUUCUCUCAGCGGCUUUCAAACUAAAGACACGGGCGUUUCUGAAUCCUUCACGAGCUUUGUGGCGCCUGGAUCCGAGGGAAAUAACGACUCUAAGCCAAUGCUUGGAAUUAAUGAGGGAAGAUGACAAAGACCCUUCACUGUAACUUUGGAAAAACUCUAGAUUUCACUUUGAUUAAAUAACAAUGAAAUUUCUGAGUUUGACUUGAUCGUUGUGAUGCGCCGCCCUAUGUAUGUCUUUAACCAAAUCAAUGCCGUCCCUUCAGUAGCCCACUUCCUCACUACAGUGUAAUGGGUGUAUAUAUAAGUGUUGGAAUUCUAAUGAUUUAAAUGCUAAUAUAAUAAGAACAGUUUCAUGAGUGGUUCUACGAGCUCAAACAACUCAUGAAACGUGUGGUUUUUAUA